AUGCCCCAUUCCCAUCCACCCCCGACCAAGAAGGGAGCAACCCGUCCAGGCCAGGGACACGCCAUGGCACCCCAUGAGUGCCGCCGGGGCGGAGGACCAGAUACCCCCACACCCGACCAGAAGCAAUCCCCAGACCCCAGCCCCGCCCACAGCCCAGGAACAGUCCAGACCAGGCCCACGCUCCACCCCAUCUCCCACCCCAAGGGUCCCCAAAGCAAGGCGCCCCCCCCGCGUGCCUCCCACCAUGCCCCCCCCAAGGGACGGAGGACGUACAAGUCCGCCCCAGAGCGCAGCAGGAGCACAGCAGCGUGCACCGCCCCGCCACCCCGCAGGGCAGAUCCCAGGGGGGAUCACCCCCCCCCGCUAGGGGCCAACUCCACCCCCCAGCACCCCGCAGGCCCCAUCGCACAGAGACCCAGAGCCCCUACCCCCACCCGCAGUGCGGCGCCAGCCCAGCCCCAGUCCACGGUCCACCACCCCCAACCCCCACGGGCCCCCCAGGCCAAGGUGGCAGCCCCCCCACAAAUCCACCCCGACCCCCGUAGGGCAGACCCACAGCCACCGAGGGACGGUAGACCCAGGGCCACCAACCCACACAGACCACCAGAUAUCCCCAGCACCCCAGAUGCACGGCCCGCAACACCACGGACCGACCAGGGAAGACACAGUCACCAACCCGCCCUAGGAAAUAUAAUCAAUUAG